UGAUCAACCAAACGUCGUAGUUAAGUUGCGAUGAUGCCUGAAGCUACAUAUUAUUUCGGCACCGGCAUCACUCCAUCAGCUUAUUGUUGUGCCUCCGUUCUCGCAUUGCUAGCCAUCUCUUUGCACCCUCUUCCAGCACCAAGUCCGAGUUUGAAGCUUCCUUUCCUAAGUUUCCUGAGGGCAGCGUGUAAUGGAUGUAGUUACUGAGUAUCUGAAGCUGCAUGCGGCUGAAUUGAACAUAAAUGCCCAAGCACACGCGUGGGGCACCAAGCAAUCGGGGAUUCCUAGCUCUUAACUCCGACAAAGCCAGCUUAGUCAUGAAACAACUUAUAUAAAACUCCACUCGAAUGUCGACGUCAUUAUAUGUACAUCACAAAAGUAUCGGUUUCGACAUUAUCGCCUUCUAUUAUCCAUCUAUCCUCCAUCUAACAGCCACCAACCCUACAAUCUUCUAAUAUGUCGAGGGCGCUGCUUAUCACCGGUGCUACCGGCAAGCAAGGCGGAUCCGUCGUGAACGCCCUACUGAAGGCGAACGCCAACUUUGAGAUCCUCGCCCUCACCCGCAACGCUCAAUCAGCGUCCGCGCAAACUCUUCUAAAGAAAUCACCCAAGAUCAAGCUGGUGAGCGGAAACCUGGACGCUGUCGAUGAAGUUUUCCGCAAGGCCAAAGAGGCUUCGAAGCUCCCUAUUUGGGGAGUGUUCAGCGUACAAGCAGCGGUAGGCAAUGGAGCGAGCGCAGAAAGCGACGAGAAGCAAGGUAAAGCCUUGGUCGACGCAUCCCUCAAGAACGGUGUCAAGCAGUUUGUGUACACGUCGGUUGAUCAUGGAGGCCCAAAAGCGGACGACGAAACAAUGAACGUGCCGCAUUUUAAGAGCAAGUAUGAGAUUGAGAAGCACCUUUAUAAGAACUCGACAGGUAGUGGAAUGGACUGGACCGUUCUCCAACCUGUUGCUUUCAUGGAGAACCUGGUGCCAGGUUUCCCCGGGAAGGUUUUCUCGACAGCCUGGAAAACAAGCCUGAGGGAGGACCAGAAACUACAGCUGGUCGCAACCAGCGACAUUGGCUUUUUCGCUGCCAAAGCCUUCAUGGAGCCAGAAGAGAAUAAAAAUAAGAAAAUUCCGAUCGCUGGCGAUGAGUUGACGUACAGCCAAUAUCAGGACAUAUUCGAGAAGAAAACCGGACAAACUCUGCCGACUACUUAUGGAUUCGCUGCAUCGGCCAUUCUUUGGAUGGUCAACGACCUCGGCUACAUGUUCAAGUGGUUUGGCGAUGUCGGUUACGGAGUCGACAUUCCGAGUUUAAAGAAGGUCCAUCCUGAGCUGAAAGACUUUGGAACGUGGCUGGAAACGGAAAGCGAAUUUAAGGCUCGCUGAACAUGUGACUCUCGUGCUUGGGAGUGAAUGAAUGACUUCAUUAAUCAUCGUAGCCUGUAUUCUGUAGCAUAUUAUUAGCUCUAGUUAGCGUAGUCCAUCUUCAAGGAUGAUUCAAGUAUCGGUCUGUGUGAUCCCAGGCCUAGGAAUGUGGACUCAACAAAUAAAGUAAUAUGGAUAUACUAUCCACAAUCGAAAGAUUUGUUGGGAGCUGCACGAACAGUUUCUGCAAGAGGAUGGAGCACGAUAUGGUAACUAAGUAGAUCGAGGACUCCAAUCUUAAAACC